UAUUACAGAUUUCAGAGUAAACAGGAAAUCUGACCAGAAAUAUAGAGGAAAGGAAAUCGUGGUGAUUGGAAUCGGAGUAAAAUGAAGACCCUUCCCUACAAGCAUUGCUACUAUUAUCCAGCUUACUAAUAAGGAUUCAGUUCUGCCAUUCUGGAGAGCUGCUGGAGGCUGAGUGGAAGUGAUUCUAAGACUGAUCAAAGGACGCUUGGAGGCCAGAAUGGAGAGCGCUAUGCGGAAAAGGCAAGUUCUCUAUUUGUGUGUAUUUCUGGGAAUGUCUUGGGCUAGCGCGGAACAGCUCCGGUAUUUUGUGGCUGAGGAAAGUGAGAGAGGCACUUUUCUCGCCAACCUAGCAAAUGACCUAGGGUUGGGGAUGGGGGAACUUUCAGCCCGGGGAUCUAGAAUUGUUUCAGACCAGAACAUAGGAUUUUUACUGCUCAAUCUGCUUACUGGUGAUUUACUUCUAAAUGAGAAAUUGGACCGAGAGGAACUGUGCGGCCCCACAGAGCCCUGUGUGCUGCCUUUCCAGUUGUUACUGGAAAAGCCUUUUCAGAUUUUCCGUGCUGAACUAUGGAUCAGAGACAUCAAUGAUCAUUCACCAGUGUUUCUAGUUACAGAGAUUCCCUUGAAAAUAUUAGAAAGUACCACUCCAGGGACGGCAUUUCUCCUAGAAAGUGCACAGGAUUUGGAUGUUGGAAACAACAGCUUGAGUAACUAUACCAUCAGCCCUAAUGCCUAUUUCCAUAUUAAUGUCCAUGUUAGCGAGGAGGGGAAUAUCUAUCCGGAAUUGGUAUUGGAUCAAGUGCUGGAUCGUGAGGAGAUACCUGAGCUAAGUUUAACUCUCACAGCCUGGGAUGGUGGCUCUCCACGCAGAUCUGGGACAGCCCUGGUGCGCAUCCUGGUCGUAGACAUAAAUGACAAUGCCCCUGAAUUUGUGCAGUCUCUCUACAAGGUGCAGAUGCCUGAGAACAGCCCUAUUGGCUCCAUGGUUGUCUCUGUGUCCGCUAGAGAUUUAGAUACCGGAAGUAAUGGGGAAAUAGUCUACGCAUUUUUCUAUGCCACUGAAAGAAUUCUCAAAACUUUUCAAAUCAACUCAACAUCUGGCAAUCUUCAUCUUAAAGCUGAAUUGAACUAUGAGUCAAUUCAAACGUAUACAUUAACUGUGCAAGCUAAAGAUGGAGGAGGGCUUUCUGGAAAAUGUACUGUGGUGGUUGAAGUAACAGACAUAAAUGAUAAUUCACCGGAGCUGCUCAUGUCAUCAUUUACUAGUCCAAUUGCAGAAAACUCACCUGAGACAGUUGUUGCUGUUUUUAGGAUUAGAGACAAAGAUUCAGGAAACAAUGGAAAAAUGGUGUGCUUCAUCCAGGACGAUCUCCCCUUCCUCCUGAAACCAUCUGUAGAGAAUUUCUAUACACUAAUAACAGAGAAACCUUUAGAUCGAGAGAGAAACACAGAGUACAACAUUACCAUCACCGUUACCGACUUGGGGACACCCAGGCUAAAAACUGAACACAGUAUAACCCUCCUAGUCUCUGACAUCAAUGACAACGCCCCCACUUUCACCCAAACCUCCUACACCCUGUUCGUCCGCGAAAACAACAGCCCCGCCCUGCACAUAGGCACCAUCAGCGCCACAGACAGAGACUCAGGCACCAACGCCCAGGUCGCCUACUCCCUGCUGCCACCUCAGGACCCACACCUGCCCCUCGCCUCCCUGCCUGGCCACCUAGUGGACGUUAGUGGUACAGGAACUCUGUCCCAGAGCUACCAGUAUGAGGUGUGUUUGACGGGAGGCUCAGGGACCAGCGAGUUCAAGUUCCUGAAGCCAAUUAUCCCCAACCUCUUACCCCAGAGCACAAGGAAAGAAGUGGAAGAAAACCCUUCAUUUCGAAACAAUAUGCGCUUCUGA